AGGAGCUGUCCGCGCCCCCGGUGCUGAACCAAGAUGGCAGGCGGCGGAGGCCGGGCCCCGGCGUGAGCUGAGCGCGGGCUGCAGCCCCCGCCAUGCCCCAACCCAGCGGCAGCUAAGGCCGACCUGACAGAGCCGGCCCGCCGGCGACUCUGGAGACAUGUCUCUACUAUGCGUUGGAGUCAAAAAAGCCAAGUUUGAUGGUGCCCAAGAGAAAUUCAAUACAUAUGUGACCCUGAAGGUGCAGAAUGUCAAGAGCACGACCAUUGCCGUACGGGGCAGCCAGCCCAGCUGGGAGCAGGAUUUCAUGUUUGAAAUUAACCGCCUGGAUUUGGGGCUGACGGUGGAGGUAUGGAACAAGGGUCUCAUCUGGGACACGAUGGUGGGCACUGUGUGGAUCCCUCUGCGGACCAUCCGCCAGUCCAACGAAGAGGGCCCCGGAGAGUGGCUGACCCUGGACUCUCAGGUCAUCAUGGCGGACAGUGAGAUCUGCGGCACUAAGGACCCCACCUUCCACCGCAUCCUCCUUGACACCCGCUUUGAACUGCCCUUAGACAUCCCUGAGGAGGAGGCACGCUACUGGGCCAAGAAGCUGGAGCAGCUGAAUGCCAUGCGGGACCAGGAUGAGUAUUCAUUCCAGGAUGAACAAGACAAGCCUCUUCCUGUCCCCAGCAGCCAGUGUUGCAACUGGAAUUAUUUUGGCUGGGGUGAGCAGCAGAAUGAUGACCCUGACAGUGCAGUAGAUGAUCGUGACAGUGACUACCGCAGCGAGACAAGCAACAGCAUCCCGCCACCCUAUUACACUACGUCCCAGCCCAAUGCCUCGGUCCACCAAUAUUCUGUCCGACCACCACCCCUGGGUUCCCGGGAAUCCUACAGUGACUCCAUGCACAGUUAUGAGGAGUUCUCUGAGCCGCGGGCCCUCAGCCCCACAGGCAGCAGCCGUUACGCCUCCUCAGGGGAGCUGAGUCAGGGCAGUUCGCAGCUGAGCGAGGACUUUGACCCGGAUGAACAGAGCCUACGGGGCUCUGAGCUGGAAGACGAGCGGGACCGGGACUCCUACCACUCCUGCCACAGCUCGGUCAGCUACCACAAGGAUUCGCCACGCUGGGACCAGGAUGAAGAUGAGCUGGAUGAGGAGCUGGACGAAGAGCUGGAUGAAGACCUGGAGGACUUCUUGGAGGAGGAGGAGCUGCCUGAGGACGAGGAAGAGCUAGAGGACGAGGAGGAGGUGCCGGAUGACAUCCAAGGCUACACUGAGCGCGAGGAGGUGGCCGUGGCCGAGCCCAAGGACUUCAAGCGUGUCAGCCUUCCACCUGCCACCCCCAAGAAGGAGGACAAGGCCCCAGCCGUGCCCACCGAGGUCCCCGACAUAGCCAAGGUGGCCCCUGAGCAAGCCGCCCCUGAGGAGGCACCUGCAGCUGAGCAGGAGCCUCAGCCUGAGCCCCCCAGGGCUGAGGAGAGGCCACGAGAAGAUGAGGAAGGCCAACAGGGUCAGGACUCCAUGUCUAGGGCCAAGGCCAACUGGCUGCGAGCCUUCAACAAAGUGCGGCUGCAGCUGCAGGAGGCCCGGGGAGAAGGAGAGAUGUCCAAAUCCCUGUGGUUCAAAGGCGGCCCUGGCGGCGGUCUCAUCAUCAUCGACAGCAUGCCAGACAUCCGCAAGAGGAAGCCUAUCCCACUCGUGAGCGACCUGGCCAUGUCUCUGGUGCAGUCCAGAAAAGCAGGCAUCACCUCGGCCUUGGCAUCCAGCACUUUGAACAACGAAGAGCUGAAAAACCACGUUUACAAGAAGACCUUGCAAGCCUUAAUCUACCCCAUCUCGUGCACGACGCCGCACAACUUCGAGGUGUGGACGGCCACCACACCCACCUAUUGCUACGAGUGUGAGGGGCUAUUGUGGGGCAUCGCGCGGCAGGGUAUGCGCUGUACCGAGUGCGGUGUCAAGUGCCACGAGAAGUGCCAGGACCUGCUCAACGCAGACUGUCUGCAGCGGGCGGCGGAGAAGAGCUCCAAGCACGGGGCGGAGGACCGGACGCAGAACAUCAUCAUGGUGCUCAAGGACCGCAUGAAGAUCCGGGAGCGCAACAAGCCCGAGAUCUUCGAGCUCAUCCAGGAGAUCUUCGCGGUGACCAAGACCGCGCACACGCAGCAGAUGAAGGCCGUCAAGCAGAGCGUGCUGGAUGGAACGUCCAAGUGGUCGGCCAAGAUCAGCAUUACCGUGGUCUGUGCCCAGGGCUUGCAGGCAAAGGACAAGACGGGAUCCAGUGACCCCUACGUCACCGUCCAGGUCGGGAAGACCAAGAAACGGACAAAAACCAUCUAUGGAAACCUGAACCCCGUGUGGGAGGAGAACUUCCACUUUGAAUGUCACAACUCCUCGGACCGAAUCAAGGUGCGUGUCUGGGAUGAGGACGAUGACAUCAAAUCUCGCGUGAAGCAGCGGUUCAAGAGGGAAUCCGAUGACUUCCUGGGGCAGACGAUCAUCGAGGUGCGGACACUCAGUGGCGAGAUGGACGUGUGGUACAACCUGGACAAGCGGACUGACAAAUCUGCUGUGUCGGGUGCCAUCCGGCUACACAUCAGUGUGGAGAUCAAAGGCGAGGAGAAGGUGGCCCCCUACCACGUCCAGUAUACCUGUUUGCACGAGAACCUGUUCCACUUCGUGACAGACGUACAGAACAACGGGGUCGUGAAGAUCCCAGAUGCCAAGGGUGACGACGCCUGGAAGGUUUACUACGAUGAGACAGCCCAGGAGAUUGUGGACGAGUUUGCCAUGCGCUAUGGCGUCGAGUCCAUCUACCAAGCCAUGACCCACUUUGCCUGCCUCUCCUCCAAGUACAUGUGUCCUGGGGUGCCUGCCGUCAUGAGCACCCUGCUUGCCAACAUCAACGCCUAUUACGCGCACACCACCGCCUCCACCAACGUGUCUGCCUCUGACCGCUUCGCAGCCUCCAACUUUGGGAAAGAACGCUUUGUGAAGCUCUUGGACCAGCUGCAUAACUCCUUGCGGAUUGACCUCUCCAUGUAUCGGAAUAACUUCCCAGCCAGCAGCCCGGAGAGACUCCAGGACCUCAAAUCCACAGUGGAUCUUCUCACCAGCAUCACCUUCUUUCGGAUGAAGGUGCAAGAACUGCAGAGCCCACCCCGAGCCAGCCAGGUGGUGAAGGACUGUGUGAAAGCCUGCCUCAACUCCACUUAUGAAUACAUCUUCAACAAUUGUCAUGAACUCUACAGUCGAGAGUACCAGACUGACCCGGCCAAGAAGGGGGAAGUUCCCCCAGAGGAGCAGGGCCCCAGCAUCAAGAACCUCGACUUCUGGUCCAAGUUGAUCACUCUCAUAGUGUCCAUCAUUGAGGAAGACAAGAAUUCCUACACUCCCUGCCUCAACCAGUUUCCCCAGGAAUUGAACGUGGGUAAAAUCAGCGCUGAAGUGAUGUGGAAUCUGUUUGCCCAGGAUAUGAAGUACGCAAUGGAGGAGCACGAUAAGCAUCGCCUAUGCAAGAGUGCUGAUUACAUGAACCUCCACUUCAAGGUCAAAUGGCUCUACAAUGAGUAUGUGACAGAGCUUCCUGCCUUUAAGGACCGAGUACCUGAGUAUCCUGCGUGGUUUGAGCCCUUCGUCAUCCAGUGGCUGGACGAGAAUGAGGAAGUGUCCCGGGAUUUCUUGCACGGAGCCCUGGAGCGAGACAAGAAGGACGGGUUCCAACAGACUUCAGAGCAUGCCCUGUUCUCUUGCUCCGUGGUGGAUGUCUUCUCCCAGCUCAAUCAGAGCUUUGAGAUCAUCAAGAAACUUGAGUGUCCUGACCCCCAGAUCGUGGGUCACUACAUGAGGCGCUUUGCCAAGACCAUCAGUAAUGUGCUCCUCCAGUAUGCGGACAUCAUCUCCAAGGACUUCGCCUCCUACUGCUCCAAGGAGAAGGAGAAAGUGCCCUGCAUCCUCAUGAACAACACUCAGCAGCUGCGAGUUCAGCUAGAGAAGAUGUUCGAAGCCAUGGGAGGAAAGGAGCUGGAUGCUGAGGCCAGUGACAUCUUGAAGGAGCUACAGGUGAAACUCAACAACGUCUUAGAUGAGCUCAGCCGGGUGUUUGCUACCAGCUUCCAGCCACACAUUGAAGAUUGUGUCAAGCAAAUGGGUGACAUCCUUAGCCAGGUGAAAGGCACAGGCAAUGUGCCAGCCAGUGCCUGCAGCAGUGUGGCCCAGGAUGCCGACAAUGUACUGCAACCCAUCAUGGACCUGCUGGACAGCAACCUGACUCUCUUUGCCAAAAUCUGUGAGAAGACGGUGCUGAAGCGGGUGCUGAAGGAGUUAUGGAAGCUGGUCAUGAACACCAUGGAGAAGACCAUCGUCCUGCCACCCCUCACUGACCAGACGAUGAUCGGCAACCUCUUGAGAAAACAUGGCAAGGGAUUAGAAAAGGGCAGGGCGAAAGUGCCAAGCCACUCAGAUGGAACCCAGAUGAUCUUCAAUGCAGCCAAGGAGCUGGGUCAGCUGUCUAAACUCAAGGACCACAUGGUACGAGAAGAAGCCAAGAGCUUGACCCCGAAGCAGUGUGCAGUUGUUGAGCUGGCCCUGGACACUAUCAAGCAAUACUUCCAUGCGGGUGGCGUGGGCCUCAAGAAAACCUUCCUGGAGAAGAGUCCAGACCUGCAGUCCCUGCGCUACGCCCUGUCCCUCUACACGCAGGCCACCGACCUGCUCAUCAAGACAUUCGUGCAGACGCAGUCGGCCCAGGGCUCGGGUGUGGAAGACCCUGUGGGUGAAGUCUCCGUCCAUGUAGAGCUCUUCACUCAUCCAGGAACUGGGGAACACAAGGUCACAGUGAAAGUGGUGGCUGCCAAUGACCUCAAGUGGCAGACUUCUGGCAUUUUCCGGCCAUUCAUCGAGGUCAACAUCAUCGGGCCCCAGCUCAGUGACAAGAAACGCAAGUUUGCGACCAAAUCUAAGAACAACAGCUGGGCCCCAAAGUACAAUGAGAGCUUCCAGUUCACGCUGAGCGCCGAAGCGGGCCCGGAGUGCUAUGAGCUGCAGGUGUGCGUCAAGGACUACUGCUUCGCGCGCGAGGACCGCACAGUGGGGCUGGCCGUGCUGCAGCUGCGCGAGCUGGUCCAGCGCGGGAGCGCCGCCUGCUGGCUGCCGCUUGGCCGCCGCAUCCACAUGGACGACACGGGCCUCACGGUGCUGCGCAUCCUGUCGCAACGCAGCAACGAUGAGGUGGCCAAGGAGUUCGUCAAGCUUAAGUCGGACACGCGCUCCGCCGAGGAGGGCGGGGCCGCGCCUGCUCCAUAGCGUGGGGCACGCAGGCGGGCACCACUGCGCCUGCGCAGAGCGCACGGGGUGGGGCGGCGCCCGCGAGCUGGGACCUCCCAGGGGGCGAGUGUCCGCACUCUGUGCUGAGGUUGGGCUGCACCUGCGCCCUGGAUUUAGUUCCCCCUCUGUGGAAAGGUGAAUGGCAACGCCCCGCCCCCUCAGGAGGCCACGCAGUGGGGCGCGAGGAAGGAAGAAGGCACAUCCCCCUACUUGAGGCCACUCCCCCAUCGUCUAGGGGGACUUUCGAGCUGGGAUGGGAGGAAAACCCACCCCCUAGUAAGGAGGCCAGGUCCCAGGGCUGUGGUACCGGGAGGCUCUGUCUCCUGCACCCUGGGGAAGCCAUAAGAUGGGUCCCCAACCCCUGGGGCCCAAGAUCAGUUUGCCAAGUAUGGAACUCUCAGCUCCCUCGAGGGGCGGGCUCUGGGCAAGGGGCAGGGCUUCCUGGAGCGCCUCCUAGGGUGGUCUGGGGCCUGGAGGGACUAGGGUGGUGAUUGGAGGGCCCCCCGGGUCAGAGUCCCUUUUGAUGUUUGUGCAAAAAAUAGGGAAGGGGGGAGGAUGGAAUUUCAAAAGCACAUGCGCCCUUGGGCGCCCAAACCCUGGGGACCAAGGGGUCGGCUUUGGGGCUCCCGCGCCGUCCCCACUUCCCUAUGGGGGUUUGCCUCCCUUUUCCCCCCCACAUACCCAAUCCUCAUAUCGUAGAGUUCAACCCACCCAUUUGACGACGAAACUGAGGCCCGGAGAGCUGCCUGAGACAAUGCCGAGGGUCCCAGUGCCACACCCUCUCCCCAUUCCCUUUGGCCUGUGUGCCCCAUUGAAGGGUGGGCUGAGAUCGGAUGACCCGAUACAGCUCCCCAUUGCUGCUAAUCCCCCUUAGGGGACCUCCCCCAACCCUUAAAGGGAUGGGGGUCCUGGGCCAAGACCCCCAGUGCCCCCUCCCAUCUCUGGUUGCCAAGCAAAACCCCUGCCCUCAGCACUUUCCAGUGGGACCCCACGGGGAGAUACCCUGAGAACUCUUGACCUCCCGCCAAAAAAGCGUGAAGGUUUGGGAUUCCCUGGACCCAGUCCCCUAAGCCAACCCCUUCUUCCUUCCCCAGAAUGCUCCAGUCAGGAAAGAACAGAAAGAGACCAGAAACUCGAGGGUGUGUGUGUGUGUGUGUGUGUGUGUGUGUGUGUGUGUGUUGGGAGCUUCCACAGGUCACAGGAUACCCCGGGGGGGGGGGGCCUCUAGCUGCCUGAAACUCUUCCUCCUGCAGGGAUGUUGGGGCAGUUUGGCCAGAGUCUAAUUUCCCCAUUUUAGCGCAUGCAGGCAUUUUGGGAAACAUUUUGGGAAAGGUUGGCAAGGCUUGUCUUUGCCCAGAAUCUGCUUUUCCACGUUGGACCAGUGUGUAUGUCAUGGGAUUUUUUUCUGCCAGGUUGAUAAAUACAGGAUUGUGCUGUGCUAGGGAGAAAUUAAAACAGAGGGAUGAGAUGAGGAUUAGCUGCGCUCUCGGAGUGGUGGAGCCUACGUCAGAUGGGGAAGGUGAGGGAGGGCUUUCUCUGGAGGUGAAAAGUGAGAAGGAACCACCCAUUGGAGAGAAAAGAGCUCCAGGCAGCAGGAACAGCAGGUGCAAAGGCUAGGAGGUAGGCUGACUUGAAGCACAGCCAGGUCAGCGUGGCUAGAGCUGAGCCAGCGAGUGGGGUACUGGGGGAUGGUGAUGAGGUUGGGGACACCUGCAGAGGUAUCAAACCAGGUCUUGUACGCUGCCCUGGGGAGUUUUGAUUUUACCCUCAGACGCUUGGGGGCCCCAGGAGAUUUUAAAGCUGAGGAGGGUCUGAUUUCAGGUUUUGAAAUCUUCCUCUGGCUACGUCAUGAAGAAUGGACUGAUGGUGGGGGCGAGAGGACAAAAUGCUUUCAGGACACUGACAUUAAUUCUUGGAAAGACUUUGGAGUAUAUAUUUAAAACUCUGCCUAGAUGAGCCCCAGGGUCCCUGGGUACAGAUGUCCCAGUUGUGCACUGCCGAGGGGUUGAGCAUCUCUAAGGAGGCCGUGUGCAAAUUGAGUGUUGUAUGUUUAUGAUAAUGGUUUCCCCAUCCGUGAACAAGAGUCUGGAAGAAGCGACACUGUUUUCUCAUCUACCCGGAAGCAUUUGUGUGUUCCUCUAAAUUCAGGCAGGUUGAAGUGACCGAAGGUUCUGAACCAGACAUUAGGACGAAAGUUCUCCUUCAGGAUGGUGGGGAAGGUGGGCCCCAGCCAGGGGCAAGGGACAGGCUGAGAGGUGGCUUGGGGAGAACGUGGAGUCUCCACCACAAGGACUGAGAGGCAGAUUUGAACUUCAGACCAUCCAAGAGGUGGAGGUGCGCUGGGCGGUUCACUUGGAGUUGAAAACGCCAGCAACACCCAAAGGGGAGGUAAUCUGUGAUCUGGGGUGGGUUCUGAAAGAUUUUUUUGAUGACUGGCAGGAAAAGGGGGAGCUGAGCUUCUGCCGGAGAGAGCCAAGGUAUUUCCCAAAAGAUUCAUCGGGAGGCUCUCUGGUCAAAGCGCGCGCGUGCGUGCGUGCGUGUGUGCGUGCGUGUGUGUGUGUGUGUGUGUGUGUGUGUAGGAUUCCCCAGCACUGGCCCAGGCACAUGAAGGAAGCCUCAGGGAGUAUUUGUCAAAUGACACUCUGACUCCCAGGCUAGAACUGUUUUGGAAAUUUCCUCCCUCUUCUUUCUCCCAGAGAACUCCUACUCCUUCCUCAAAACUCAUCACAAAUUUUCCCUUCUGUAGAAAACACUCUCUGAUCCCCCUUAGGACUUCCCCAGCCUCUGUCCCUCCUCCUCUGUCUGUCCCUUCCCCAGCCUCUGUCUCUGAUGCCAUGGGGCUAGGGGUGUCUGUGAAAGGCUCUCUGGGCACAGGGGGAUGGCAGGGAGGGGAUGCCUAGUUGAACUAUGUCUCGGGCAGGGGGUUCUGUGUGUGCCCAUGCAUCCACAUGUGUGUCUGUCCGUACCAGCCUCCCCCUCCCACACAGAUCUGGGCACUCAGGAGAUCUUCCAGUCAGAGAUGGGGAGAUACAGAGACAGAGAAAGGAGAAAAAGCAAAAACAGGUUUCUAGAAGGAAGAGGGUCCCCUGCUCUCUCUGGCUCUCACCAGUCUGUCCUCGAAGGAUUUACCUAAAAUGAGGAGGCACCCAGUCGCAUCCCUCAGUCCUGAUUCUCAGGCACCACAGCCUGAAACCUCACCAUGCCUCCAUCACAGAUGAAAAAAAAAAAAAAAUUAGCCAACUAGAAA